AUCUUGCGCGUGCCCGCUUGAACUACAAGAUCCAGAAUGCAUGGCGCGGAAAGCGGUUUUCUGAUUGGUCGGCGGAGUAAGCAGGAAGUGUGCUGUUUGAUACGGAGCUAUGGCCACAGGAAGUGAUCGGCUGACUGGAGCGGGGCUGGUGGCGUUCAGUACAGUCCUCUUCAUCUAUUACACAGUGUGGGUCAUCUGCCUGCCGUUUAUUGACAGUGAUCAUGUAAUUCACUCCUAUUUCCUGCCAAGAGAGUACGCCGUGCUACUGCCCCUAGUGGCUGCUUUAAUUCUGCUUCUGCUCAUUGGUAUCUUUGUGACGUAUGUCAUGUGGAAAAGUCGGAGCCCAAAGAAGUCACAGUGACGAUGUCAAGUUUCUAAACUUUCUAAGGACAGACUUUCAAAGACAAACUGUUAUUCUCUUAUUUUGUCCGUGGCUGUGACAGCAACGCACAGGUUCAUUUAUUAGAAGGAACAGACUUCCAUCCAUCACUUUUUGGUUCCAGAUAAACUACUUUGGAAAUGUU